UGGACCUCACCAUUCCGACACAAACCGGGCUUGGCCCAAUCUCAAUCCAAACUGUUUGCUGAUUUGGGGAGUUUUGCAGACUUUUAACCGUUUCUACCGCGUCCAUGAACUGCACAGGGCCACGAGUGCCCCGGAGCAGAUAUUCGGCACUGAUGAUUCCUGCACCUUCGACGAUCGAUCCCAGAACUGUCGACGCAACAGGUAUGGCUGGUGCUGCGAAAUUGACUCGAUUUGCAACCGACGAGAAGUCUUCCAGAAUGGCAUCCAUUUGAGAAGAAUGGAAAGCAUACUGUACCUCGAGCAUUGUUGUCUUCAGGCCCCUGGUAAGAGCCUGCUCCUGCAACUCCCGUAUCUGAUUCAAUCCUCCACUGACGACGAUUGACGUAGGCCCAUUUCGACAUGCAAUUUCGAUACCGGAAUCGUCAUCGACACUCUUCAGGAGUGCUUCCGUGUCACCUUGAUCUGCUUGAACAGCCAGCAUCGAGUGCGUACCAGGCGAGCAAUUGGAUACCAUCAAACCUGCCCUUUUCCCGACAAGAUACAGGCAGUCGCUGAGAGAUAGGACACCAGCGACGCACAGUGCAGGAUACUCCCCAAGGCUGUGACCAACAACGGCAGCCGGCAUUACCCCAAGAGACUUCCAAUAUUCUGCCAUGGCUAGCUCUAUGGACACAAUUGCCAACUGCACCUGAACCGGCGAAGCCAUCGUCAUGUCGAAGUUCUUGUCCUCUACAAGGGGCAGGAAAGAUCCGAAGCCAUGAGAGACGCAUAUAUCGUCAUUGCCUUGAAGAAGCUCGCGGAACGGUGCGCUGGUCUUGAACAAGUUUGAUGCCAUGCCGCUAUAUGCAGAACCUUGGCCAGUGAAGAGGAACACGACUUGAGGGGGCGCGGCCGGGACCUUUGUCCACGUCUCUCUUGUGAUGGCUUGCUGCAGACUGUCCCGAAGAGUCUUGAUCGAAGAAGCAACAUGGGCAUUGCGCAGAUUAUGAUGCAUCCGGCGUGCAGUGGUGGUGUAGGCAAUGUCCUCUAGACGAGCGUCAGGAUUUUGGUCUAAGUGCUCAAGAAGACGCUUGCUGUUUCCCAUGAUGGAGUUUGGCGUCUUGCCAGACACGGUAAUGGCAUGAUGAUUGCGGGGAUCCACACCCUCUGUUGGUAACAUGGGAGGAUCUUCGAUGACCAUGCUGGUAUUUCCGCCGGCAGCGUCGAAGUUGUUGAUGAGGAUCUUUCUCUUUCCAUCACCGCCAGGACGAGGGCGGAAUGGAGUUUUACCAAAUGAUAUCCGGGUGUUCAUGUCAGCCAGCGGUGGUAGCUUCUCGUUGAUCCGGCCUUUUAUUCCAAUAUGGGGCGGAAUCAUGUUCUUACUCAACAUCAAGAUGGCUUUGAUGAGAGAGGUGACACCGCUGGCCGCCUCACCGUGGCCGAGAUUGGGCUUAACAGUGCCGAUGAACAGGGGUUUGUCGGCCGGGCGGUUACGGGAAAGAACAUUGGUCACAGAUCGGCUCUCGGUUGCAUCACCUGCUUGGGUACCAGUGCCGUGGAGCUCUGCGUAAUCGAUCUCGAUAGGGUCGAUGCCGGCUUUGCUUAGGACUGAAUCGAACAGUCGCUCUUGUGUCUCGGCGUGAGGAUGAGUGAUGGAGGAUGCUUCAGCGGAGUGGUUGGUUGCUGUUGCCCGAAGGACCGCGAGGAUGUUGUCUCUGUCGGCCAAUGCGUCGUCCAACCUCUUCAGUACGAUGACACCUACUGCGUCUGCGCGAACAUAGCCGUCCGCAUCAUGAUCAAAGGUUUUGCAACCUCCAGUUUUUGACAAGAAGCUCCCCCGACUUAGCCCAGCAAACAAAUCGGAUGCAGUGAGCAGGUUAGCACCACCACCCACAGCCAUGUCCACCUCGCUACUGAGCAGCGCAGAGCAGGCCAAUUGGAUACUAGCUGCGCUGGAUGAACACGCUGUGUCAACGGAAUAGCUCGGCCCUUCCCAACCGAAAUGAUAGUUCAGUCUACCUGGACCGAAGGCGCGAAUGUUGCCAGUGAUGAAGUACGUGUCGACGUUCUGACUCGCGUUUACCUCACGAUAGUCGUCACCUGUUUGGCCCAUGAAGGAGCCGAUCCUUUUGGUAUUGGUAGACGGCGUUGCAUUGGGAGUGUACCCAGCCAUCUCGAGAGCCUCGUACGUGGUCAGAAGGAGCAGUCGUUGCUGAGGGUCUGUUUGAGCAGCCUCACGGGGAGACAUAUUGAACAGUCUCGUAUCGAAGUAUCCAGGUCGAUCGAUGAACACACCAUAUGGUGUCAAGCUAGUGUUCUUGGCCUUGCCAGAAGGAUCAACAUGGGUGUUGAUAUCGAAACGAUCAGGACGAAUCUUUUCGUGGAGAUUGCGGCCGUCCUCAAGCGCUUGCCAGAAAUCUUCUAGUGUCUCACUUCCUGGAAGCCGGACUGACAUGCCGAUGAUGGCUAUGGCGUUGGGUAUCGAUGAAGUGUUGUUCAGCGUCGUUGCACUACUGGGAGUCUUCAAUUUAAUACCAUGGCCGUGCAGGGCUUGCUGAAUUGCCUUUUCACAGCUAACUGGUCCAAAGGCCAGAAGGUUCGGUUGGGAUGAGAGAAUUUUGGUAAGCCCUUGAGUACAUGCGUCGAACAAUAUAGGAUGCCGGAAGAUGUCGCCCACAACCUCCACCAAAACAUUACCAAAUGACGACUCUUGAUAAGGCAAGCCUGAAUGAGGAGACAGAAGAAAGGGAUGAUGUACAGGUUUCGAGUGUAGAGAAGGGUUCAUAUUCUGGAGAAGCACUGUGGGCUGAAUGGGCCGAAGAUUAUCAGCGUGAAAGGCCGCUGCAAUGGGAAGUGGAAUUCUUUUGCAUUUUCCGAAGAUUGAGGUGGAGCUGAAGAAAGCUUCGGUAGCGGAAGGCGGGCCGCUAAUCGUCACUGAGUUUGGGCUCUCAGCACUGAUGUAUACCUGGUGUCUGGGCAUCGAGUUGCGGUUGAAGAUGCCAAUGGCUUCCCUAGCGGCAGAAAUAUCGACCUGGGAGACCAGAGUAGCCCAGCUGCCAGUGGAUGGAUCUACCUCGUGGGACCUUUUCGAUGCCGCAAGACCGACUUGGAAAGCAAGAUGAACAGUUUCAUCUGCAAGUGCGAUCACUUCGGUGAGGUUUCUGGAGCACGAGACAACCGCGGCAGGGAGAAGGCCAGUACAUAACCCGACAAUAGCAAGCCUGUCCUUAGAAGCGUCUAGGAGCCCUGGGUUGUUUUCGAGAUAUCUAAGCUGUCAGCAUUCAAGAGCUAGGCUUGUUUGACAGGACAUCUUACACGAUGACAUCGCCAAUUUGCGCGAUACACAGAAGUGCGGCAUAUAAGGCAGGGGAUGCGUGAUCUUGUUUCGACACGGCGGCGGCGAGCUCGGAGAGAGAGGUGAAAUUUGGAAAGGAGCGUCGAUAGUGAGCAGGGGCUUGAAGUACUGCACUUCUGAGUCUAUCUGUGGCCUUCCGCAGAAACGUUGCCAAGGUCUGAUUUGAUGAAGCAUUUCUGGAGAGAGAUUGUAUUGAAGGUAGGACCUCCCCUGUUUGGUCCCCAAAGAGAAGCAAAGUGUUGGCUGUCAUUUUCUUGGUGGUGGUUCAAAGACAGGCAAUAGUCACAAAUGAAAGGAAGCAGCAGUACAAUCAGUAUUUGUUUGACAGAGAUCUUGGUAAAGUGCACUGGUAUCACGACUCUUAUACAAUCACCACGACACUUACUGACAUUGGCUCUAGCUUUCCUUCGUGCUCCACAUUUGUACUUUAACAUCAACUACGGAAAUAACCAUCAACGCUGUCAAAGAUGGGCUCGUAUCAAUGUCAAAACCUGCCUUCUGCCAGUGUCCGAACCAAAACAUCAGUCAUUGACAUCGUCACCGCUCGGUAGGACCGGACAUUUCCAGAAGGAUUCCUAUUCCGAGUCUAGAUCCCACGCAAUGUUUACUCGUUACCCCAUCGGUGUGUCCAGCACCGGUAACCUGGAUUGCGCUAACGAACGACCCGUGGUUUUAACGGUGCGGCGGCGUGGCUUGGUGCAUGUUGGCAGUUGUCAUUGCCACUCCCGUGCACUAUGUUUAAAGGUGACAUGGGACCGGCACAGUCACUCAUAGCUACUCAGCUCCGGGUCUUAUUUUCCCAGACAGGAAAGCAGCUAGCAUUUUGUCGGUCUGACCGCAGAACAAUUCCCCCCACGAAACGCCAAGACUCGAGUCCAGACAAGAAAUAUAGCAUCGACGGAGCACCAGUACACGGCAUGCUUUAAUAUUGACCAACCGAGCAUGGUCUUCAAGCACACGGCAGUCCUGAUAACGCAGGUUUUCGUUUGUGGUACAUUCAAGAUUUUGUUUCAUAUAAACACCAUGAUCCUUCAACUUGCUGCAUUGGUCUUUGGGGCGAUAUAUGUGGUGGUGUUGACAUAUCGAUCCUGGGCAAGACAUUGGAAAGUUCCUGGACCCUUCUUCGCAUCCAUAUCGAAUCUCCCCAGGCUCAGAUGGGCAUGGUCUGGCGAAGCACAUCAUGUUCAUAUGCAGCUGCACGACCGAUUUGGUAGACUUGUACGCCUCGGGCCGAACUGCAUCAGUAUUGACGACCCAGAAGAGGUCCUAAAGAUUUAUGGUACUGGGGUCAAUCUCAAAAAGUCCGAUUUCUACAAAGUUAUGCAGCCCAUGUCAUGCGGCAGGGUGAUCCAAGGGCUGUUCAACACCCAGGAUGACGACCUCCACCGGGCUAUGAAGAGACCGAUUGCCAAUAUAUACUCAAUGUCGAAUCUAGUCGAGUUUGAGCCACAUGUUGACACCACUAUUUGUUUCUUUCUGACGAAGUUGGAUGAAAUUUUGGCCAAAGAUGGGCAAACAGUGGAUCUUGGGACAUGGCUUCAGUGGUUUGCCUUUGACGUGAUGGGCGAGAUCACGUUCAGCAAACGUCUUGGUUUUCUUGAUGAAGCAAAGGAUGUCGACGGGAUCAUGGGCAGUAUUCAGAAGGUCUUCAAGUACGCCUCAUGGGUUGGCCAGAUCCCUUGGCUUGACAACCUCUUGGCGAAGAACCCUCUCGCACGCUUCCUUCCCGAAGGCAGCUCCCCCAUUGUGGCGUUUGCUCUCGCCAGAGCGCAUGAAAGAUCAAACAUCAGCGAAGUAGAGAAAACAACCACGUACCAUAAUACCAAGGACUUCAUGUCUCGCUUUCUGGAGGCCAAGGAGAAGAACCCGGAUAUCCUGGACUGGUUCGUCACUGCUUGGGCGACAUCGAAUGUCUUGGCUGGGGGCGAUACGACUGCCAUCAUGAUGAGAGCCGUCAUUUACUUUCUGAUCAAACAUCAGGACUGUCUUGGUAAGCUGAUGGAGGAACUUUCACAGGCGAAUAGCGAGGGCCGACUAUCGGAUAAUGUCACAUGGAAGGAGUCUCAAAGUCUCCCGUACUUGGAUGCGUGCGUUAAGGAGGCGGGCAGGUUACAUCCUGUCAUUGGGCUGCCGCUUGAGAGGGUGGUGGGUAAAGGUGGCGUGGAGCUUUGCGGCGUGCACUUUGAGGGGGGGACGGUUGUGGGAAUGAAUCCUUGGGUUGUUCACCGCAGCAAGGAGGUCUUUGGGGAAGAUGCAGACAAGUUCAGGCCGGAGAGGUGGUUAUGUGAGAGGGAGAGAAGGGUCAAGAUGGAGAGGUGUCUGUUGACGUUUGGAGCUGGACGGAGGACGUGCUUGGGGAAGAAUAUCUCAUAUUUGGAGAUUUACAAGCUGAUUCCAACUUUGUUUUGGCGGUAUCGGAUGACGCUUGAGGGCGACUGGAAGGUGCAAAACCAUUGGAUGGUUGCUCAGACUGGGCUCAAUGUCCGGAUGACUCCAAGAUGCGGUGGCAAGAAGGAGGUUUCGGUUUGAUCCGAUAGACACGACUUGUUAAUCUUUGUACAACAUCAAACAUAAACCGUAGAUUUCUUUUGUCUUUCCUUGCAUGUUGGGUGUUUGCGACAUGGCAAUGUUGAGGGUUAGGGUUCAUGAGAUGACCCUGCUUGUAACACCACUCCAUAUAUGACGAUAUUAACAAUACCAUGGCACGUUACUUUUCCA